AAAUUGGCGGCUUUUAGCGGCUGGAGCUAGAGAUGUCUGUUCAUACGGGCCACAGGGGCGAGGAUCGGCUCAUGGAAGAUAUCCAGGGAGCUCUCCAGAACAAGAACUAUGCCGGGGACGCUCAGAACACGCACACGCUCCGGGAGCUGCUCAUGUUGAGUUCAGUGGACAUGGAGACGUCUAACGGAACCAGCAUCACCGCUCUCUGCACCAUGUCAGUGUAUACAUGUUACUGUUGCUAGAACACAUAGCUUACAUACAUAGGUCUACACUAGACUGGUGUUAUUUUCAAUGACUGCUGUAGACUUAUUAGAGGAGAUGGUAACAUGUGAUUAAUCAUUAUAGUUCGUACAGGUGUAUGCAUAGUGUAGUACAUAUAUGUGUACAGAUGUUGUAUAGGCCCAUUUUUCUGUAAACUGUGGUUUUUUUCGUAGUGAUUCGAGCCCUGCAGAAACUCUCCGCUCUUUUGAAAGACUGCUGAGUUUCACCCGGGAGAAAGACCACACCCACAAGGCCGAGGUGUCGCAGAUUCUCUUCCCAGUGUUUGUUCAUUUCUACCUCGACCUCCUCUCUUCCUCCCAAACCGACACUGCGUUAACCCUGUUCUCACGGCACAAGGACAGUGUCAGGAGUGGUCACGGCUCAGAGUUGAAGGAGUUAUCUGAACUUACGUCUCCACAUCAUCUCCAUGCCUCCCCUCUGGUCAACAAGUUCAGGAAACAGAAAUUCAGUUUGAGAAUGUCGAGUGCAGCGUUUCAUCUUCUCAUGCAGUUUCUGCAGGUGUGCGAAACUCCAGUUCUGUUCAACACUGUAGAGAGAUAUCUCACCAUUGAAGGUGCAUGCACAAACAAGACAUCAAAACAUCCUCUAUCCUUCACCCAUAUCCAGUCUAUGGGUCCACUCCAAUGGUGACGGAGGUCAAACAAGACUCGAAGAAAUCGUCCGCUUCUCCCUCAUUCAUCAAACCCCGCCUACCCCAGCUGACCCCUGAUGACAUCGCCAGGAACAAGUCACGCAGAGCGUCAGCCACUGGUGGAAGCUUCACUCUCACUAGCGGAGCUGAAGAUGGCAUCCGACCCUGCCCUCUCCCUCCUACUCAAAGUGUUGCCAUACCGACCAAUGCCACGCCCCCAGCCGAACUGGCCGAGUACAAAGAGAGACUGAGUGUGGCUGCUGCAGCAUCCCAAUUAGUGCCCACCCUCCCCUCUGUGUCGCUACACACAGUUACAUCUGACCACCCUCAUGCUCACUGCGCAACCUUUAAUUCGAUAAACUCUCUCUUCUGUUUCGGGUUUUCCGAUUCUUCCCUUCGUUUAUGGCCCGAGUUACCAUUGGCAACGGAUCACAUGACGUCACAUGAUCAACCGGAAAUGACCACCGCUCACCAAAACCUGCCAAACUCGACCAUACCACCACUGCUUGGUCAUCGCGGUCCUGUGUAUGGCACGAGUUUCAACAGUAAGGGAAGCUUUUUGCUGUCUUCGUCGGAGGAUUGCACGGUUCGGCUGUGGGACGUCGACAAACGCUCGUGUGUGGUCUGUUACCAUGGCCACCAGUAUCCAGUCUGGAACGUCACAUUCAGUCCAGUGGAUGUGUACUUUAUCUCCUGCUCCCACGACAUGACUGCUAGACUAUGGACCUGUGAUCUGGCCUACCCACUCAGGAUCUUCGCUGGGCACACCGCUGGUGUCAAUGUGGCAGAGUUUCAUCCCAAUGGUAAGUAUGUGGCGACUGGCUCCAGCGAGCACACCUGUAGACUGUGGGACAUUCACAGUGGACACUGUGUCAGACUCUUCACCGGGAAAAAGGGAUCGGUUUGUUCGCUUGUGUUUCUUCCAAAUGGGAAACAGAUACUGACAAGCGGAGAAGAAGGAGUGGUGUACAUGUGGGACCUGGGGAGUGGCACCGUGGUGAGAGAGUUCAAAGGUCACAGAGGUCCCGUGUCGGCCAUGUGUUGCAGUAGUGACGGAUCUCUGCUGGCGACUGGCGGCUCGGACCGCACCCUUCGACUCUACAACCUCACUUCCAACACCAGUUCAGAAGAGGGAGACCUGCCUCUGGUCGUGCUCCCAGUUCCCGACUGCUCCGUUCUUAGUCUGCAGUUCACUCAUAGAAACUCUCUCAAGACACUCGCCUCUCUCGAUAUGAACAAACACAAGACACACUAGAUCUCUUUCUUUAUAUUGCAUGAUCAUAUUAUAUUUGUGGCAUAUGGUCAUGCACACCGCAAGGCAUGUGCAAAUACACGUUUAUUAUAUAGAUUGUAACACAAGGGAAGGGUAAAAUAUUAUAAUCUUGUAUAUACAAUGACAGGAGAAGUAGAAAAACAACACACACGACACAA